UUCUUGUUCUUGUUUUGUCUGGACGCAUGGAUCGCAGUUGCGGACAACUGCCGCGUUCCCCCAGCCGACGACGGGCCGGCUCUACCUUCGCCGAGUGUGGCCAUGCUUGUGUCGCGGUCAGCCUGAAGUGGAGAGCCAGAAGCAGUGAUAACGUACCUAAAGAACGAGCCGACUUCAGGAACGGGCAGUGCGGUGGACGUGACACGUAGCACCGACAGUGGAACCCUGCAGCACGAGUCAGGUGCAACGCCCUCGCACUUGUUGUCCCCUCAAGAGCCAGGAAAGAUCAACAUAGCGUCCGCAAUGGCUGUGGACGUGAGGUAUCCGCGAGGUCCCUUGUACAGAGACAUAGACGGUUUCAGGCUGAACGCCUACGUGUCGGUAGAUCUGUAUCGUUCAGCGCUAGGGUACAAGCCGCGAGCGGACGACGUCUUCAUCGCCACGUUUCCCAAAAGUGGGACGACAUGGAUGCAACAGAUGGGCUACCUCAUUCUUCACGAUGGAUCGCCUGCUCCUGACGGAAUGGACUUCUUCAAGACCAUGCCCUUCUUAGAGCUGUUCGGUGCCGAAGAUGUGGCAAAGAUGAAGCGACCAGGUUUUAUCAAGACACACCUACCCUAUAACCUGGUACCGAAGAGUCCCUCCGCGAAGUAUGUGUACCUCUGCAGGAACCCAAAGGACGUCUGUGUAUCGUUCUUUUACCACACCAAAGGUUUCGUGGCGUACGACUUCGCGGACGGCAAACUCGAAGACUUCUUCGAUGUUUUCUUGCAAGGCGCGACCGAUUUCGGCGACUACUUCGAUCAUGUGCUCUCCUGGUACGCUCACCGCAAUGAUCCCAACGUGCUGUUGAUGCACUACGAGGACAUCAAGACUGACCCCAAGAACCAUGUGCUAAAGCUCGCCGCUUUUCUAGGCGACGAGUACCACCGGAAACUUGUCGAACACCCGGAGGCACUGGACCAAGUAAUCAAGUACAGCGGAGUAGAUUUUAUGAGAUCCGAAACGGGUGCCCACAUAAAGACAUUCCUCACCAGGCCACUGGACAAAAACAAAGACGUGUGUCCUGGUCUGAAGCACUAUCAUGAUGCCGCGAUGAAAUAUCCCAAAACAGUGGGUUUUAUCCGCAAGGGUGUGGUAGGAGACUGGAAGGACCACUUCACGCCUGAAAUGAACACGAAAAUGGAAGCAAAGAUCUAUCAGAGGUUUGCCGGCACAGACAUUAUUGACGUCUGGAAGAGGCACGGUAUCCUAUGAACGAGCUCCUCACAAGGGCAGGAAAAAUCAGUAUAGCAUCCGCGAUGGCUGUGGACGUGAGAUGUCCCCGAGGAAUCCUGUACAGAGAUAGUCGGUUUCAUGCAAACCGCCUACGUGUCGUAUUUCGAAGCCAAAGUUCUGACUGUGCACACCCACUAGCUCCCGUCAGUGCUUCUUUAAUGCUGAAUAGUUUCAUGAUAUCCAGGUGCUUGCAGCUGCGUAAACGAUGAGAAUCGUAAUCGACAUUGUCACUGCUCGUCAACACGUGUGAUCUGCAUGUUUUCUUUAGCCUUGUUAUAUUAUUAGACAAACAGUUAAAUACAAUAAACAUUGAGACUCGUACGGCCACGACCAACCUACAAAAAAAAUACUUGUUUAUCGCUGUUACCUUCCGAAAACACGAACGCUAUACAGAGUGUUUCAGAAACCGCGUUCAAAAUUCGUUUAAGAAAGGGGAAGUUGCCAUAAUUAAGCGUUUCCCUCAGGAUUCACUUGAGAACAGUGGCACGCCUUUUAAAAUGUCUGAAUUUAGUAAUCAAAGAAGUGAUAAAUGAAUUAGACUAACUAACUUGUUUUUUUACACGGAAGCGUCCGAUGUGAGCGUAAGGACGUUGGCUACGCGUGCUCAUUCGAUGGUGAGGCGUUAACUGUAAACAGACAUGGCUGACUGCUAAGGCCGUGGCAGUUGGGCUCUGCAACAGUUACGUUUACUUUUUCUGUAUGAAACUGGCCAAUAAUCGUUACGCUGCAGAAAUUAACCGUGUUAGCUUUUUGCGUGCCUAGAAGCAGUUGUGAGCUCCUCGGAUGACAGCCUUCAGUUCUUGCGUUAGGAUCAAUCGUUUGACUUUUUCAGUUAAAAUGGCAAUUCGUGAAGUGUUUAUAUAUACUCCCCUAAAUACUAUUUCGAGUCAUUUUAGGAUGUACUACGCCUCUGUGGUAAAAUACAUCGCGAUAAAAUUCUUCAAUUAUUGUAUCUUACACAUUUUUAUGCAAUUUUUUUAAAUGACAUUUUCUGAAACACCCGGUAUAAUCUUCCUCAACUGUGCCUAACUUCAGAAG